UAUUAUGUAGCAGCGGUAGCAGCGAAUGUGUAUGAGUGAAACUUGAAGCGCUGAUAAUUUCGUUGAUUACUCUCAGUACUUACAUCAGAACAUGGCACUCGAUGGAGAGAGAGUAUGUUUCAAUAGUCCUGCUGGAUUUUGCUCAGAUUGCGGAUCUAUUUUGCCACUUCUUGGAGACAGAGGGGCUGUCAAAUGCUAUGCGUGUGGAAGAAGUUGGGGGCCUGAGGUAUUUGGAGAUAUGGCUAUGACUUACACCAUCACCAUGACUGCCCUCGAUGCUUAUGAGGAUACGAAGGUUAAAGAAGAAGAGGAGAAAGAAGAAGAGGCUGAGGGUCCAGUUGUUGAUAGAAAAUGCCCCCAAUGUGGUAACGAUAAAAUGAGUUAUGCCACGUUGCAGUUGAGAUCAGCUGAUGAGGGACAGACGGUAUUCUAUACAUGCACCAAGUGCAAAUUCAAAGAAACCGAAAACUCCUGAACUCUAUCGUUCCGUAACACCACCUGUCAAGAUUUUUGUGAAUUGUAAAGGUAAUAAUGAAUAAACUAAUUUUUUAAUAAAA